GCGCCUGCGCGCUGUCGGCUCGGCGAGAGGCCCCGGACACAAUCGGGAGGGAAAUGGCGGCGGGUCUGGGCGGGCAUCAGCUCUCACAGCCCUGGCACUCGAGAACCACCGCGCCGCCUACCCAGCUCAACCGCAGCCUCGACAGGGUUCUGGAGGAGGCCGUGCACUCCGGAAUCCUCAACCUCAGCGGUCGCAAGCUGAAGGAGUUCCCGGCUGUGAACUACGAUUUGACAGAUACGGUGCAGGCAGAUCUCUCCAAGAACAGAUUAAUUGAACUCCCACAAGAAGUUUGCUUGUUUGCGCCAUUGGAGACAUUACACUUGUAUCACAACUGCAUCAAAUGCAUUCCAGAAACUGUUGUUAAUCUGCAAAUGUUAACUUUCUUAAAUAUUAGUCGAAAUCUUCUAUCAACCUUGCCAAAAUAUUUAUUUAAUCUUCCACUUAAAGUUUUAGUUGUAAGCAACAAUAAGUUAGUUUCCCUUCCAGAGGAAAUUGGAAAACUUAAAGAUCUAAUGGAAUUGGAUGUUAGUUGUAAUGAAAUUCAAAUCCUCCCACAUCAAAUAGAAAAACUUCAGUCACUCAGAGAAUUAAAUAUACGCAGGAACCAUCUGCAGGUGUUACCUGAGGAAUUGGCAGAACUUCCACUUGUAAAAUUAGACUUUUCCUGCAAUAAAGUGACCGAAAUACCCAUCACCUUUAGAAAAUUGCGAUACCUUCAGGUUAUAAUAUUAGAUAACAACCCAAUGCAAUCACCUCCAGCACAGAUUUGUCUAAAAGGUAAAGUGCACAUAUUCAAAUUCCUGAACAUGCAGUCAUGCCGGAUAGACAAAAAGCCAGAUUCUCUGGACCUCCCUUCUUUGGAUAAGAGAGCACUUCCUCAGCCUCUUACAGACAGCAUGGAAGACUUUUAUCCCGUGAAAAACCAUGGUCCUGAUUCGGGCAUUGGUAGUGAUAAUGGUGAUAAGCGAUUGUCUACAACUGAACCCUCAGAUGAUGAUACAAUUAGCCUACAUUCUCAGGUGUCUGAAAUAACCAAGGAUUUGCCCCUCAAAUCAGACAAUCAUUUCGUUGGGGAUAAACUUAAUUCUCUCAAAACCUCAUUGGACCAAGAGCAUUUAGACUUGAUUGAUAAUGCAGAUGAGGAAGAGACACCACCAUCUGAAGCUGGAGAUGUUGAUCGAAUUCCUCCAUUUGUUACUUACUUAAAAGAACGAGGGAAGUUACCUGAAAAAUCACGGCUUGCAAAAGAUAAUAACUGGGGAGAUGAACCACGGUCUUCAAGGGAUUUGCAGCAAAUGAUACAAGAUGAGGAUGAGUUGAAGGAAGUGACUGAUUUGCGUAAAAUAGCUGCUCAAUUAUUGCAACAAGACCCACAUAACAGACGGAGACCAUUAACUUUUAAAGCAUCAUUCAAUGAAAACUUUGUCGAGAGGAGAAAGGCAGCAGGACCAGGAUCAAGACUUUUUGGUCACUCUACUUCAGUAAGUGGAAGAGAGAGGAAGAAAAAAACGUUGGAGCCUGAUAGUAGGUCAGAUAAAGCAACCUCACCGGGAUCACCGUACAGAUGUCAUUCUCUGGCUCUUUCUGAUGAAGUUGAGAAGAAACCAGAGGUAACCAGUACAGAUCAUAAGUACACCGAGGCACAGCAACAUACAAAGUGGCGUCAUGAAGAAAGGCGACAUGUUAAACAAAUGAGGAAAGAUCAUAUGAAGUUAAAAUCUUCAAAGAAAAAUAAGGAGGAAUUUGAAUAUGAAAAUGAGCCUGAUACUGAAACUACAUAUAUGUCUUCACCAUCUUCUGUUCAAAUCAUAAAUUCAUUUUCUUCAGUCCAGACAACACCCAGUGUGUCAUAUGAGGAGGAUGAUCGAUCAAUUGGAUUUUUGACUCAAACCCCAUCACUACCUUUUGGUCUCAAGCCUAGAUCAGCAUUUACCCGUCCAUCACGUCAGGAACUUGGAGCAGUUGACCCGGGUUUUACUAUUAGAAGAAAGAUGGAACAUCUAAGAGAAGAAUUAGAACAAAUUAGGCAACUUAAACAGAACCUCGAAUUAAGAUUAAAAGUUGUUUUACCAGAAGACGUAGGUGCAGCUUUAAUGGAUGGGGUGGUACUUUGUCAUCUUGCCAAUCAUAUUCGGCCACGAUCGGUGGCAAGCAUCCAUGUCCCAUCACCAGCAGUGCCUAAACUGAGUAUGGCAAAGUGCAGAAGGAAUGUUGAAAAUUUUCUCGAAGCUUGCAGAAAGUUGGGGGUUCCGGAGGAUAAACUUUGUCUUCCUCACCAUAUUCUGGAAGAAAGGGGACUGGUGAAAGUGAGUUCUACAGUGCAAGCCCUACUUGAACUACCUACAUCUAAACACACACAAUUAUCUGCUGUGUAAUUAACAUUGGUCGACAAUCUGCGUUAAAAUAAGUUAUUGUAUUUGCUGUAGUAGUAGCUAAGCCAUUUUCUUUCAAAACCCAAUGCAACAGCUCUCGCUACCUAAGCCAGCAGUUUGAUUAAAUAUCCAUGCUUAUCUGUUUUGUCAGGUACUGUAUUUACUUCCAGCUAACCAUACCUGCCAUGCCAGAAAGCUCAGAACAUGAUGUUUUGUCAUUUUUUUGAUCUCUGUCAUCAGAUAGGAAGCUCCCUCUACUUAGAUUUAAGGGGAAAAAUCAUUCUCACAACACUAUUUAAUUGUUCAUAGUAUUUGGGUGACUUCCUCCACCCCGUACCUAAUCAAACAUGACCUUGUGUUAGCACAAGGGAAAAGAUUUUCAGUGCUGGAGAGAUCUAUAGUUUUUUUUUAAAUAUAGGGAGUUUUUUUCCUUGCUCUGUCAUGUUUGUGACUUUAGUUUAGGUUUAAGAGUUGGUCAGUAAAUUUAACUUUAAUUGGUGCCCACCAGUGCCAUUAUUUUCUCAGGGCUAUUAGGUUUUCUGCGCCAGUUUGAGCAACUGGUUCGUACGAUCUUUUUUAUAUUGAGUACCAUUGAGCCUUUUUAAAAUACAAGACCUCCACGACUGUUCCUGUUUGCUCAAACUACUUGAAUUCGUAAAGUAUGCCAGCUUUUUGAAAUUAGGAUAAAAACAGAAAAUGCUGGAAAUACUGAGUAUUUGGCAAUCACUGUGAAGAGAGAAACCAAGCCAACCUUUUGGGUCUGCAGCCUGUCACCUGAUGCUGCCUGACCUGACUAUCUCCAGAACUUUGUUUUUACUUCAGACUUCCAGCAUCUGCAAUAUUUUAUCUUUGAAACAAUGACUUGCUAAUGACAGAAAAUAAUUGGAAAUGAUGCCUUUCAGUCUUUGGCAUUUACUGUAUGUCAUUUAAUAUUGAAAAUAUCAAUAAACAGUUUAAUAGAACAGACUUUAACCCAAGUUUAUAGGGGUUAUACAAAUUAGAAUUAUUUGCUGCCUGACAUGGAUGUACAAGCUGUGAGAAUUUCUACUAGGGCAGGGUGUUGAGCAAAGGGACCUUACACAGUAAUGUUGGGCCAGUGCCAUUCAAUGAGAUGUAACCGUCUUGAGUAGGAUUACAGCUGGCAGUAAACGUGCAUCAGUCCUGACAGGCUGUAAAAGGCAUUUGCCAAAGCAUAAAAUCUCUGCACUACACUUCACUCCCCACUUUCAAAUUCAGAGUAGCUUCUGAUUCCUAUCUGUGGGAAAUCUUUAGUACUGAUGACUUCACAACCUUUCUGUAAGAGAAUAGAAUGUGGUUGAUGUAUGUAGGAUGUAGGCUUACAUAUGGGAAGCCAAAAGAGUGACAUGUUUUCUUCACUUUUGGGAUUUAUGCCACUAACAAAUGCUAAUUAAUGUUCUCUGUUUUUGAGAGGCUCCGUAUUUGCUAACGCCUUCAUGCUGAUCCGCGCAGUGGUUAUUAUUCAUUCAGUCAAUGUAAAUUCUCCACUGAACUUUUCAUCUGCUCCUAAUAUGCAAAGUUUAGGGUUCUGGCCUUCCCGUUGGAACAAAAACUGCUUAGUACUUCUUUGUAUCUUUCAAGCUGUUAUAUAUCUCAAUUUUCCCUUUUUUUUUGAUUCUUCACCAACAUCUGGGUUAUAUGUGGAUAAGAAUUAAAACUGUUAUGAGAUCCUCAUACUCCUUUAAUAAUAUUUCAGCCAAAAGCUUAAGGCCCAAGCAAAAGUAGCUUUGACUCACCAGAACUUGGAGAAAGUCCAACAGAUGGCAGCGUUUUUUUUGAAUAUUAUUGGAGGUUAAAUACAUUUAUAGAGUGAAAAUGCUAUUUUGGAAAAAUAAUACCUUGUACUAUAAUUCAUUAUUAAAUUGUCCUCCUAACUCAGGUCCAUCAUUCAUGGAGAGUGAAUUGCUGAGCAAGUGCUCACCUUCUAGUUGGUUAGUAUUCUCGAGUUAUAGAGGUAGUAUACAACUUUACUCCUUCACCCAAAAAGUCCAGUAAAUUAAAAGUGGAUUUUGAAUAGACCUUUGGGAUGUUUUCUACUUUCCAAGCAAUUACCAGAUGAUUGAGGAACAUGCCAGUGUUACCCACAAUUAUCUAAAAGCAGAGUCUGAAAUCAAGGAAAAUAAUAGUGUGGGAUUUAAUUUCUAAUGAGCAAUUUAUGUUGGUAAACUUUCAGAAACAAAGCAAGUGUAGUCUGGUUUUCCAUCUUAGACUACUGUUAAGCAUUUAACAAAGUUGUACCUGAAAUGAUAUUGAUAGUUGGCUAAUAGGUGGUAAUCUAGAAUUAGAAACCUGAUAGCACCAUUCUUGCACAUUCCUGAUCCACUAGAGGGCUGCAUAUAACUAUCAGUUUUUGAAACUGUAGGUUCUGCCAAAAGAUGUUAUAAGCAAGAAUGACCUUUUAUUGAAUUACUUGGUACACAUUAUAUUCCUCAGGAUAUCAGCACUGAGGAGCUAAAUUAUUUCUGCAUUUUCUCUUGUAGAACUAUGGGAAGAUUUAAUUAAUUUCUCCAGAAGGAAAAGUACUUCUUCCUUCUAAGAUACAGCUAAACAUAUAAGCCUUGAGACAUUUUUUAGAUAUAAAAUCUCAUAAUUGAAAUGCCAAAGAAACAUUUUCAGGAUAAUUCAAUAACUAGUAUGCAGCAUUGAAAUGUCAGUGUAGCAUGAAACGUUUGUCGGAUUAGAAGUUCUUGCUCGUUUAUUCACAAUGUGUGAAUCAGUGAAGGUUACAUUUAUUAUUCAUUCCAAAUUAGCCUGAAAAGAUGUUGGCAUUGGAUUUGAACCACAUUAGUCCUUGUGAUAGUCCCACGUAGGGAGUUUCAUGAUACUGACAUGUAGGAAAUGAAGACAGUGUGACAUAUCCAAGUAAAGAUGGUGCAACAUGAUAAUGGUGUCCACAUUAUAGCACUGGCCUUGAUAGCAGAGGUUAUAGAGUUGAGAAGGUGAGCUUGGAGAAUUGCAUCAAUGCAUUUUGUAGAUGGUGUGUACUGUAUGCAGUAUGUGUUGUAUUCAGUGACAGGGAAUCUGAAAGAGCAGACUGCUUUGCCCUGCGUGGAGUUUACCUAGCAGCUCUAAUCUAGGAACAUAUUAUUUGUAUUCCUAAUUGGAGCUUUUGCAGGAGUGGUCAACUGGUGAGCCAUCAGCUACUGAUUGCAGAAAACCAAUUGUUUGCCCUGUGCUUCUAGUUUGGGAGUUGGAGAACCCGAAAAUGUGCGGGUACUUAACGAGUCUUCUCUUGAAGAUUGUCAGUGGGAAGUGAUAAGUGCUGCUAAUGUGACAUUCAGGCUGAGGCAAAUAACAUGUAAGUUAUCCAGCUUCUGAUGCAGGUUGCUAUAGCCCUUUGCACAAUUAGAAUUGAUGUAAGUGGAGAUACUUCAUAAACACUUGUAAUUUGCCUCAAAACCAUGCCAAACAUUUCAGGGUAUUUGGUGACUUCCAAUGUAGACUUUGUAAGUGUGGUAAAUUGUGAAAUAUUGCAAAUGAAAUUAGCUUUUCUCCAUUUUUGAUAUUUUGUGUAAUUUAAAAUUUUGUAAUCAUUCAAAUCUGAAAGUUACAGAACAGAAAACCAUUUGUAUUCUCUAGACUUUGAUGAAUUUUAUCCCUUCAUGAACAGAUUAUACCAUUUUAUUAUUAUUUAAUACAAUUUGUGUUAACGAUUGUGAAGGUGAUAUUCCGUUAUUAGAAAUUUGUAUCAUGGAAGGAGCCAUUCAGCCAUGUCCAGCCCUACCUACAUGGAACUUACCAGCGUAAUCCUACUUUCCGAUUCUGGUCUGUAGCCUUGGGUGCAGCACUUAAAAGUGCACAUCCAAGUAUGCUUUUAAAUGCCAUCCUUUCACACAAAGCUCCAAGUCCUCAUCACCGUCUGGGUAAAAAUAGUUCCACUCGAAUCUCCUCUAAACCCAUAGUUCUUUCCCUAAAUUUAUGUCCUGGUUAUUGGUAUCUCAGCCAAAGGGAAUAGGGAAUUCCUAUCCACCUUAUCCACUCUGUUCAUAAUUUUACACAUUUCUGUAAGGUCUGCACUCAGCCACCUUUUUUCGAAAGAAAGCGUCCCUAGCCUGUGAACUGAGAGAACAGCAGAUGCUGAAGAUCUGAAACAAAAACAGAUGUUACUGCAGAAGGUCUGGCAGCAUCUGUGGAGAGAAAAGAGUUAAUUUUUGAGUCCAUUUGUUGUUCUUCAAAGCUCACUGCAUUUAAAAUGUUAACUCUUUUUCUCUCUCCACAGAUGCUGCCAGAUCUGUUGAGUCUCUCCAGCAAUAUCUGUUUUUGUCCUAGCCUAUCCAAUAUUUGCUCAUCACUAAAACCUCAGUCCAGGAAAUAUUCUCUCAAAUCUCUUCGACACUAUCUUUUGUGCAAUCAGAUCUUUCUUACGUUACAGCUAUGACCUAAUCAGUGCUUCGUGCAAUUCCAGCAUUUCAACCAAGGUCUUAAUAUUCUGUGAUACAGCUGAUAAAGUAUAAGUACUCCAUAUGUUCUAAUGACUACAUUAUCGACUUGUGAUCUGAGGCCACAUACUUAAGGGCUUUUUCUCUACAUUCUCAAGUAUCUUACCAUUGAUUUAUGUAGUCCUUUGAAGGAGACUUUCUUAACCUUCCCUAACCUCACUCCUCUCUGGAUUGAACUCCAUUUGUCACUGUUCUGUCCACUGACUAGUCCCUUGUUACCUUCCUAAAGCCUGCAGCCUUGUUAUCAACCACACAGCCAACUUUAAUAUCAUGCAAAGUUUUAUCUGCCACUAUGGGGUCAGAAUAAUGCUAAAACUAAUAGUAGUAACUUUUUACCUAUAAGCUUUUUACUUGAUGCAAUCAAAUGUAACUUGGUGAAAAUGAAAUGUACUUAACUAUUGUAUAAUGUUCAGUUUUAGUUUGGUCUACCCUUUGCCAAAAGAUAUAUUAUUUUUCAAAUAGAAGUAAAUACAGCACACAGAUAUUGAAGCUGGCAUAUUUUAUCAAAGGAACUGUUUAUAAAUUUUAAUUGUAUAGGUUUUAAAAUUGUGCCUCCACUAUUUUUUAAAGCUUAAGCUUAUUUCCAACUAUUUAAUUUGGUGUAUGAUUUUGUUUACAUAUAUUUUAGUACAAAGCUUUAAGUCUUUUUAACUCUUCAGAAAAUAUUAAUUUUUAAUUUAUUUAAUUUUAAACAGUUUAGAUGAAAUUUCAUUAUACUUACAGAAUGCAGUAAAAAAUCACUGAGUCACAGAAAAUUGACAAAUGAUUACAUUUACUUCAAAUAGACAAUGAAUAACAUUUUGUGAAUGCUCAUUAUUAGUUAGCAAUAUACAACUUAAGCCUUGAAUUUGCAGAUUUUUUUUGAACUAAUCUUUAUUGUAUUGUACAAUUUUGGUUGAGAGUUUCACGUGUUGGAAGGAGAACAACAUAAGCAUAUUGUUGAGACUGCAAAUACAGCAGUAUUUCAGAAAUCAUAUUUGAACUGAAGCAAAGCUAGCUCUCUUGAAGAGAAUAUUACUGUGCGUAGGCAAGUUAGGCCCAUCAUUCAUCUCUGCUCUAAAUGAUAUAGCACCUCCUUCUGCAAAUUCUACUCUGUCAAAACACUUAAAAUGGCUAAGUAAAACAUUUUUACUGCUGUGCUCAAAACAACUAUAGCCACUUACAACUCAGAGUACAACUUUUUUUUCAUUCCAGAGAUGCACUGUCAAUGUGACUUAGGCUAUUAGCAUAAAGUGAUGUAAGUUGUUAAGUCCAGCCCUGAAAUUAUUUAGCAUCAAAGUUUGGAUAUGUCGAGAUCUUGUGGCAUAACUGUAGUGUCCCUGCCUCUGAAUCAGGAGGCAUGGGUUCAAGUCCACCUGCUUCAGUGUGUGACAACAUGUCUGAACAAGUUGAUUAGAAAAUACAAGUAUCAUCUUUGAAAGUGAAGGGCAGGGAUGAGAUGAAAUGAAGGGUAUGUAAUUCAUAAAACUUUGUCCUGUCAAAAUAGAAUUCAAUUAUGGGUAAGAUUUUUUUCACAAAAAUAGCAUGUCCUUUAUAUUAAUGUUUUUUAUAAAAUGUUGAAAUUUACAGAUUGUGAAAUGUUGCAGAAAGAUCUCUAAUUUAGUAAUUUUUUUCUUUUUACUAUUCGUGCACCUACAAGCAUAUUUUCCUGUGUAAAUGGCUGGUUUUGUGAAAACUGGCAUAUCACUUAAAUAGUGAACAUAUUUGUUACAAGAAGCAUUUCACCAAGCCUGGAGCACUUUUGUGACUAUUUCAUACAUAAUUAGGGAACAAACUUUUGCACAAAUAAUAAACUGGAUUUGUAGUACUGUUAAGGGUUUUUCUUUGUAAUUAAUCCUGUUUCAAAGUUUUUCAUAAACAGAGAGGACCUCACCAACUUUCAAAGCAAAAUAAAGAUGUUGCUUUUAACAGGUUUUCAAUGUUAAGAUUUACAAUUAUGGAUAAUGGUAUAGUUCAAUCAAAAUCACAGCGACCUAAGUUUCAACUGAGAAAAUAUGGCAGUAUGAGGCAAAGUGACCAAACUCAAAGAUUCUGUUAUGCAUUUCCAUAAUCAGAUACAAAUAUUGACUCAUUUGUCAGUUUGCCCUAUGAUUCUUAUUGGGUGUACAUAGAAGUUUAAGGUUUAUGAAAUGUUUACAACCAAAUUUCUUAAGGACUAAUUACCACAAUUUAUUGAGAAUACUAGUGGAAACUUGUUAUUUGCAACUAAAAACAGAUUUUGAGCUUUUGAAAAUUUGGUAAUGGCAUUUCAACUGCAGUUAUAAAUCGGAAACAUAAAGCUAUUUAAUAUGAACACUUGUUUCUUGCAAUACAAAAGAUUGUCUAAACAGAUGUAAAUAAAUGUGUUCAUAUGUCCUAUUUCCCUAUUAUUCCACAGAUUAUUUCACGUAAUGUUUUUAUUUUUGUUUUUAUUCAAAAUUCUGUAUAUUUCUGUAAUUUUAGUUGCCUGUACCAUGAAUUCAAUUGUUAAACUUACCAAAUAUGUUUUCUUUUAUGAAGCCUACAGAUGUAAAUAGUUUGUAUUACAUUUUGCAUGCAUGGACUCCUUUGACCAAUCUUGAGACUGUGUAUAUAUGUUAUAGUGUACAGUAUGUUUCAUAAACUUCAAUGUUUAAGAAAUAAACCUGUCUUUUUAGACAGC